AUGGUGAACUAACCCCCUCAAGAAAUUAAAUAGAAACGAAAGCCUUGGAUAAUCCAAACUAGCUUUUUAAGGAAAUUAGUGAAAAAAUUCCAAAACGAUAGGCUAGCUUGGAAAAUAAUUUCAAAGCAUCUAAAAUAGCAUGGAUUUAAUAGGGACACUAAAGCAUGUAGAGAGAGGUUUUCAAAUCAUCUAGACAGCGCCUAUAAUAAGGCUGAUCUAACUGAAAAAGAAAUAGAUUUACUCUUUGAUUUAAUUGAAGUACAUGGUAAUAAAUGGACAAUAAUUGCUGGAUAGUUGAACAAUAGAACUGAUUAGGACAUAAAGAAUAAAUUUUAUGCUCAUGUUAAGAAAAUAAUUCGCAGAUUGAUUAAAGCUGCAUAUUAAACUACAGAAAGUUCCCUAAUAAUUGCCAGAAUACAGCCACUCUUAAUUUCUAGUAUAUAUUGUCAUGAUGAGGAAGAAAAUGAUAAAAUUUUAAAAAUAGAUGAAGAGAUGAAGACUCUGUUUAAAUAGUUAAUACGAAGCAACAAAAAUAUCGAAGUUGGUGUUAAAGUUGAUCAUCAAACGAUAGAAUAAGUGAAAUUAAUAAUGAACUACCUUGGAGAGCAAAACGAUAUUUAUUUAAAGAGAAAGAUUAGUAAAUAGGCAGAGAAGGCUAAGCUUAAGAAAUUAAAACAAAGGAGGUCUCUUAAACUAUCAUAAGACUUAAAAAGACAAUAAAAAAUAAUCGAGAAUAUUAAAUAGAAGAAACCCAUUUUUACAACAAAUAAAAUCAAACUAGAAAAUAUUAAAUUCACUUAUCCUCAGGAGCAACAAGAAGACAAAAAUUAGUUUUAUUAAAAUCCUAAUGAACCAAUAGACAAGUAUUUUACAAUUUCACCAUACUUAAGUCAUUUUUCAGGUACUUUUUAUUGGAGACAUUCUUCUAAUAUCAUUUCAAUUGAACCAAUAUUCACAAAUAAUUUUUUAUGUGGAAUUUAAGCCAACUAAAAUCAGCGUCUGAUAUGGUCUGAGAAUUAUAGAAUCACCUCUGAAUGA